AUGAUGGGGAUGAUGAAGGGGCUCAUGGAGAUGAUGGGGAUUAUGGGGAUGAUGGGGAUGAUUCGGGUGAUGUGGAUGAUGGAGAUGAUAAAGAUGAUGGGGAUGAUGGGUGUGAUGGAGAUGAUGGGGAUUAGGGGGUUGAUGUGGAUGAUGGAGACGAUGGGGAUGAUGUGGAUGAUGUGGAUGAUGGAGAUGAUGAAGAUGAUGGGGGUGAUGGGGAUGAUGGAGAUGAUGGGGGUGAUGAGGAUUGAGAGGGUGAUGGAGAUAAUGGAGAUCAUGGGGAUGACGGGGUUGAUGGGGGUGAGGGGGAUAUUGGAGAUGAUGAAGAUGAUGGGGGUGAUGGGGAUGAUGGAGAUGAUGGGGGUGAUGGGGAUUAUGGGGAUGAUGGAGUUGAUGGAGAUGAUGGAGAUGAUAGGGAUGAUGGGGAUGAUGGGGAUGACGGGAUGUGGGGGUGAUGGGGAUUAUGGGGAUGAUGGAGUUGAUGGAGAUGAUGGGGAUGAUUCGGGUGAUGUGGAUGUUGGGGGUGAUGGGGAUAAAGGGGAUUAUGGGGAUGAUGGAUAUGAUGGGGGUGAUGGGGAUGAUAGGGAUGAUUGGGUUGAUGGGGAUAAAGGGGGUUAUGGGGGUGAUGGGGAUGAUGGAGAUAAUGGAGAUGAUGGGGGUGAUGGGGAUGAAGGGGAUGAUGGGGAUGAUGGAGAUAAUGGAGAUAAUGGGGUUGAUGGGGGUGAAGCUGCUGAUGGAGAUGAUGGAGAUGAUGGGGGUGAUGGGGAUGAAGAGGGUGAUGGAGAUGAUGGGGAUGAUUGGGGUGAUGGGGGUGAAGGGGGUGAUGGAGAUGAUGGAGAUGAUGGAGAUGAUAGGGAUGAUGGGGAUGAUGGGGAUAAAGAGGGUUAUGGGGGUGAUGUGGAUGAUGGGGAUGAUGGAGAUGAUGGAGAUGAUGGGGGUGAUGGUGCUCAUGGAGAUGAUGGAGAUGAUGGGGAUGAUGGGGGUUAUGGCGAUGAAGGGGUUGAAGGAGAUGAUGGGUGUGAUGGGGAUGAUGGAGAUGAUAGGGAUGAUGGGGAUGAUGGAUAUAAUGGGGGUGAUGGGAAAGAUAGGGAUGAUAGGGUUGAUGGUGAUAAAGAGGGUUAUGGGGGUGAUGUGGAUGAUGGGGAUGAUGGGGAUGAUGGAGAUGAUGGAGAUGAUGGGGGUGAUUGGGAUGAAGGGGCUCAUGGAGAUGAUGGGGAUUAUGGGGAUGAUGGAGAUGAUGGAGAUUAUAGGGAUGAUGGGGAUGAAAGGGGUGAUGGGGAUGAAGGGGGUGAAGGAGAUGAUGGAGAUGACGGGGUUGAUGGGGGUGAUGGGGAUGAUGGGGGUGAUGGAGAUGAAGGAGAUGAUGGAGAUGAUAGAGAUGAUGGGGAUAAAGGGGGUAAUGGGGAUGAUGGGGGUGAUGGAGAUGAUGAUGAUGGGGAUGAGGGGAAUGAUGUGGAUGAUAAGGAUGAUGGAUGUGAUGAGAUGAUGGAGAUUAUGGGGAUGAAUGGGGGUGAUGGGGAUGAUGGGGAUGAUGGAGAUGAUGGUGAUGAAGGGGGUGAUGGGGAUGAUGGGUGUGAUGGGGAUGAUGGAGAUGAUCGAGAUAAUGGAGACGAAAGGGCUGAUGGGGAUGAUUGGGUUGAUGGGGGUGAUGGGGAUGAUGGGUGUGAUGGAGAUGAUAAGGAUGAUGGAGAUGACUGGGAUGAAGGGGGUAAUGGGGAUGAUGGAGAUGAUGGGGAUGACGGGGGUGAUGGGGAUGAUGGGUGUGUUCGGGAUGAUGGAAAUGGUGGUAAUGAAGGGGGUGAUGGGGAUGAUGGGGAUGAUGGAGAUGAUGGUGAUGAAGGGGGUGAUGGGGAUGAUGGGUGUAAUGUGGAUGAUGGAGAUGUUGGAGAUGAUGGGGAUGAAGGGGGUGAUGGGGAUGAUGGAUGUGAUGGGGAUGAUGGAGAUGAUGGGGAUGAUGGAGAUGAUGGGGAUUAUGAGGAUGAAUGGGGUGAUGGGUAUGAUGGGGGUGAUGUGGUUGAUGGAGAUGAUGGAGAUGAUAGGGAUAAUGGAGGUGAUGGGGGUGAUGGGGAUAAAGGGGAUGAUGGGGAUGAUGGAGAUGAUGGGGGUGAUGUGGAUGAAUGA